AUGAGGGUCACUACAAAGACAUCAAAGGCACACUACCAGGCCCAGUAUCAAAGGCUGAAGUCCAAAGGAGUUAACAUCCUCAAGCCCCCGCACGUCCUCACUGAACUUGAGAAAACCUUUAUGCCGGGCAGUGUCAGGUUUAGGUUGGAGGGAGGAGAGGACGUCAUCCACCAUACCCCGGUCAAGGUUGGACAAGCGCAUGUUGAGUUCGGUGAGCUUUCUUUUGACCCAGUUAACCUUAAUGAGGAUGACUUCUCUGGUUUAGAAACCCCUUUCCCGAACAUGAAAGCUAUGUCUUGGCCGUACUCUCAUGCUCUUGCUAAGACGCUGGAGGAGUUGGAUCCAGAAAUUGCUGAGGGCAUGAGCAAGGUAGGACUGGACCCCGAAGCAGAUCACCUUGUCCUCACAACUGUAAAGGACGGUGCAGAUGGUAUGGGAGAUGUUUCCAUAAUUAAGGCGGCAAGGGAUCGGCUCUUGCCAGACAAGGCCUUCCGGGCAGCGUUUGCAGUUAUAAAGUGUGAGGUGGAGAAGGAUGGGGAGAAAGUUACGGUAUAUGAGCCCGAUGCACCCGAUUCCACCUUCAUAACUCGGCCCCUCAUUGAGGCAAUAGGGGAUGAGAACAACAGAUCGUCGGCUGUUGUUCUGCUCGAAGGUAUGGAGCAUGAUCGGGAGGUGCUCCGAGGAAGAGAGCUUUCAGUGAAUGUUGAUUCCGUAUGGAGGAGACAUUCACUGAAGUUCUUCAACAGCAUGAUAGACGAGAAGUUGGAUCGAGCAGACGGCGGUUUGCAGGGGAGUGGGUCAAGAUAUAUUUGCACUCUGUGCCACGCAACGAAGGAGAUGGCAAAGAGCGAGCUGGGCAGCUUCUGCAUUUCACGCAGCUAUGAGGAAACCAAAGCCACUGCCCAAUACCUCCAGGUCAACCCCGAUAAUGUUUCUGCUGCUGAACUGUCGGAAGUUGCCAGGGGAGUUAAGUCUUAUCCAGUACUUAGAUCUGACCCCAAACAAAAGCUCCUUGAUGCAACCCAUGCUGACAUCAACUUGGGCAAUUUCUUCAAAAAAGUUAUUAUUUGUGAAAUUGCCCGCUGCCAAAGUUGGGACAUCACCAGAGAUCUCAAACCCAUGUUUGAUGAUGCCGAGAAGCGGUUCAACGACAACUUAACAGCGACGAUUGGUUUGGUGCCCAAACUUAUGAUGCCAGGCAACUUCGCUCGUGACCUGUUCAAUCACACCAAGGUUGACAAUUUCCUUUCUUUAAUUCCUGACGAGGAUAGGAAGCAGAAGUUGAAGGAAAUUUUGAAUAUUUUUGUCUGUCUUCGAAAAGUUUAUCGCUCAACUCAUCCGAACCAGGAAGAUGUAUGCCUCUACAAGGACAAAGCUGUUGAAAUGGGCCGCCUUCUCCUAGUCAACUUUACCUAUGUUGGCUGGCCUAACUACCUUCAUAAAAUCAUCGAGCAUGUACAGGAGAUAAUCCAAGAUCCGGAAGGGCCAGGAGCUGUUGGCACCAUCAGUGGUGAAGGCAACGAGGCUGCUAAUAAAUUAUUUAGGGAGCUUCGGGGACAUUUCUCCCGGAAAACAGACGAGUCCCAAUCACUUAAAGAUAUCAUCUGGUACCACUGGUUAUACACAAGCCCAAAACUACGCCGAAUUAGCCAUGUUAAGGCCAGAAAGUAUCAAUGCUCCAACUGCAAUGAGCUUGGGCAUAACGCAAGGAGUUGUCAAAGAUAA